CACAACUGCGGCAGAUCGCCGGCUUUCUGGCUACGACAUUCGUCUUGCUUCGCACCAAUCAACAAAUCGACUCUUGUUGUAGGCGCUUUUAUCUUGAGACGUUACCGCAUCAAUCAAGACAGCUUGCGCCUCGUCGCGACCCGAUUGCGCUACCAGGGUGUACCGAGGCAGCUUGACGCGCCGUCGAGCACACCUCAAUAGCUCGAGGGGCCUGAACAACAGAUUUUGAACUUGGCUUUCCUCCCCGUGGAUAUGCCCAUAAUAUUAUCACCCGUAACAAAAUGGCGGAACCAAAAAUGGAGUUAGAGGACUGGUUGGACGAUCUUUGCGUGCGCUUUAUCAUCAACCUGCCCGCAGAAGAUUUAUCGUCGGUGGCGCGAAUAUGCUUCCAAGUCGAGGAAGCGCAAUGGUUCUACGAGGAUUUCAUCCGUCCGCUGGACCCAACACUGCCGUCCAUGUCCCUGCGCAGUUUCUGUCUGCGGAUUUUCCAGCACUGCCCACUGCUCGCCUCUUUCCCCGUCGAAAACCACAUGCGAGCCUUUGAAGAAUUCCUGCAGUACAAGACUCGCGUUCCAGUGCGGGGCGCCAUCAUGCUCAAUGAGGCCAUGGACUCGACCGUACUGGUCAAGGGUUGGAAGAAGGGUGCGAACUGGAGUUUUCCUAGGGGAAAGAUCAACAAGGACGAAGACGAUCUUGACUGCGCGAUACGUGAGGUCUACGAGGAGACCGGCUUUGAUAUCAGAGCCGCCGGUUUGGUUCCCAAGACCGACGAGGUCAAGUACAUAGAGAUCAACAUGCGCGAGCAGCAGUUGCGGCUCUAUGUCUUCCGAAAUAUUCCAAUGGACACCCACUUCGAGCCGAGGACCAGAAAAGAAAUUAGCAAGAUCCAGUGGUACAAGCUCUCUGAGCUCCCAGCCUUCCGAAAGAAAGGCAAUCCGCACCAAUACGACGCGGCGGCUGCAUCGAACGCGAACAAGUUUUACAUGGUGGCUCCCUUUUUGGUGCCUCUGAAGAAAUGGGUUGUUCAGCAAAAGAAACGGGAUGGCUCGCGGGCAGCCGGCUCCAGUCUUGCUGCCCAGCCCAUUCACGAGGAGGGCGUCACGGAGGAUGAGCUGGGAAUGCACGUUGACCAUCAUGUUCCCCAGCAGACCGCCGCAACACCCGCCAUUGAAACAUUUGAGGGUGCCACUCGGGAGCUGCAGCGGCUGCUCCAGGUGCAACCUUCGACUCAGGGACUGCAAGGGGUCCCAGGGGGCCAGGCGCCGCCCGACCCAGGUCAAGACAAGGGCAAUGCGCUACUGGCGCUUCUUCAGGCCGGACCUACCGCGGGUGCCGCGCAGGUGCAUCCACCAUCUAACCCCCCGCCCCAUACUCCUCUAGACCAUAUCCUUUCAGGUGUCCCUGCUGCCCAACCGCCGACACCUCAUCAUCACAACCAUAUUCGACCGAUGCACCACCACGUACCUCCUCCGGACUUUCCACUGGGGCUCCAGGUAGCAGAAAACCAACACAUGCCCCACGUGGGUCGAUUUCCCGGGCAGCCCGCUGGGAAUAAUGGAUAUGGUCAGGGACAUAUCCCCUCGGCAGACCGCGCCUCUGCCUCUGGUCAAUUCCUAGGCGGCCCCGGCCACGCUGGACCAUCUGCAGCAGGUGGGGCAUCGAACCCAGCAGCAUUUGCUCACCAACUUCCGCAACAUUUCCUUCCUUCGGGCCCAAGCCAUCAAGCAUACACCAAGCCAACAGAGAAUGUAGCUCCGGCCCCGCAGCUAAGUACCCAUUCCAUGUCUCUCCUUAGUGCCUUGAGGGGAAAUACCACCCGGCCUACAGACAGCGCACCAGCCAACCCGCCUGUGCCUGAGCCCACAUCCCAAGUCAUGCAACUCUCGCAGACGACCACCACAACACAGACAUCUCAGCAGUUCCUAGACCAGGCAUUAAGGAUGGCUGGAUCCCCGAGGCCCGUCCAGUUGGAUGUCCAGGCACAGACGUCGGCACAAACGCACAAGAACGCGCUUCUGGGCAUAUUCAAAUCUCCGACCCCAAAUUCAGCAGCACGUCAAGGAGCAACCCCAAUCAGCAACUUGGACGGUACAGGGUCGUCACCGGGAUUACAGUUCGCAAACCCACCUCAACCUCAAGCAGUGAGCUCCACAGCCGAAACCAUUCGAGCUGCAGCACAGACCAGUGGUGGGCCGAUUCAGAUGGACCCAAACCUACACUUACCAUUCGGGGCGCUCAAGCUUCUCAGUCGUCCUCAGGGAUUAGAGCGCGGUAGUGCACCUGAUCCUGCUCUGGCUUCAUCAUAUGGCUCGCAAUCCUCUCACUCCGCGAUGAACAGAAUACACCGGCCAGUCUCUGUAGGAAAUCAAUCAUCUGCAACAGCUAGCCAUGCCCACUUCUCAGGGCAGCAGCCUAAUAUAGCACAGACCUCUCAGGCAUAUCUCGGGAAUCCUGUGCCCAACAGGACGCCUUCGGCGACCGGAAUGCCGGGUUUCUUAGGCCAACAGCAGCAGCAGGCAGCUAGACGUCCAUCCCAGGCGACACCUGAGCAAAAGACGUUGCUUUUGUCGUUGUUUAGCAAGCAACAAACACAGCAAGUGCCCUCAGGAGCCGAAAACUCGGGCAAAGGCAAGGAAAUUCCCAUGUCUCUUCCACUCGCAGAUCAGACCGCGCGACCCCUCUCUCGUCCCGCGGUACUCGCGUCUGCUUCGGGCGAAGGGUCGAGAAGUGGCCAACCAUCUCCCAUGGGUAGUCAAACACCCAUAUCUCCUGCAGACAGGAACUUUUUGCUUGGGUAUCUGCAGUCUGUCUCCAACACUGCAACAAAGUAG